AUGGCCAAGGCGGUGACCACUCUUCGCUCCGGCUGGGAGUUCUCCCCAGUCAACUCCGACCAUAUUCCCGAGACGCGCGAUCUCGGUGUCCUACCGGCGCGUCAACUCCCUUCCGAGGUUUAUCUGGACCUCUUGGAAAACGGAAAGAUUGCUGAUCCGUACCUGGACCUCAACGAGCUGGACGCCCGGUGGAUCGGCGAGUGUGGCUGGAUCUACCACACCACCUUCGCCGCUCCAGCUGGCUAUGGCGACGAGGGUAGGACCACUGAUCUCAUAUUCGAGGGUCUCGACACAUUUGCUACUGUUCUUAUCAACGGCAAAGAGGUCCUGAAAUCGGACAAUAUGUUUGUGUCCCACCGCAUCAACGUGGACGGCCACCUUGUCGGCGACAAGAACACCCUGGAGGUCCGGUUCGAGUCGGCACGCCAGAAAGGCUUGCAACUACUCAAGGAUCACCCGGAGCACAGAUGGAUUGUGCAUCAGACCGAGCUUAGCAGAGGCCCCGUGCGCAAAGCGCAGUACCACUGGGGCUGGGAUUGGGGCCCGAUCACACUGGGUUGCGGUAUCUGGAAGCCCGUGUCACUAGAGGUCUACUCCACUCGUAUCGAGGACGUUGCAAUUGAUUAUACUCUCGGCAAGGAUCUCAAGACCGCCGAUAUCAAGAUAGCCAUCGCAACAGCUGGGAAACAAGCUGGGGCCGCAGAAAUUGAGCUCGCGCUUGAUGGCAAGGUUGUCUACAGCAAGAAGCUGGAGUCUGCUACUCCUGGACCAGACCCGGACGAAUCAAUUUACGACGUGUCGUUCAGUCUCGAUCAUUUUAAGCUCUGGUGGCCGCGAAAUUACGGCGAGCAGCCGCUGUACACCUUGAAAGUAACGCUCCAAUCUCAAGAGGGCACACAGACCCUUGACGCAGUAGAGAAGCGCAUCGGCUUCCGUAAGGCGGAGUUGAUCCAGGAGGAAGACAAGUGCGGGACCUCAUUCUACUUCCGAGUCAACAAAGUCGAUAUUUUCGCUGGUGGCUCUUGCUGGAUCCCUGGCGACAGCUUCCCUACUCGCAUUACCGACGACAAGUACCGCGAGUGGGUUAAACUGGCGGCCGAAGGCAAUCAGACACUAAUCCGGGUCUGGGGUGGUGGUAUCUACGAGUCCAACGCGUUCUUUGCUGCCUGCGACGAAUUUGGAGUACUGUCUAUGCAAGACUUCGGCUUUGCCUGUGCCAGCUACCCGACCUACCCUGAGUUCCUGAAGAGUAUCGAACUUGAGGCCCGGCAGAAUGUACGUCGCCUCAGACACCACCCGUCGCUGAUCAUCUGGGCCGGCAACAACGAAGACUACCAGCUCAUCGAGAGAUACAAUCUCGAGUACACGUUCAAUGACAAGGACCCGGAGUCAUGGCUCAAGACAAACUUUCCUGCACGCUACAUCUACGAACAUCUGCUCCCUAAAGUCAUUGAUGAAGAGACCAAGGGCACAAUAUACCGCCCCAGCUGCCCCUGGGGCAACGGCCUUUCUACUACCCAGGUUGUCGAUCCGACGGUAGGCGACGUGCAUCAGUGGAAUAUCUGGCACGGGGUGAUAGCCCCUUACCAGCACCUGCCGCAAUUAGGGGGCCGCUUUGUGUCCGAGUUCGGGCUCGAGGCCUACCCGCACAUGCACACGCUCGAAAAGUUCAUCACGGACCCGACGCAGCGCCAUGUUGGAUCGCGCACGAUGGACUUUCACAACAAGGACAUUGGUCACGAACGCCAUCUCCUAGGCUAUACAGGCGUGAAUUUCCGCCUCAAGUUUGACUUGGCCGCCUUGGCGCACCUGACGCAGGUAAUGCAGUCGGAUGGUGUGACCUGGGCGUACAAGAUGUGGCGCAAGAUGUGGGGGGUCCCAGGCCAGAGACAAUGCGGAGGCGUGCUUGUGUGGAUGCUGAAUGAUAGCUGGCCUGGGAUCAGUUGGUCACUGGCUGAUUACAACCUCGUGCCGAAGCCGUCACAUUACGCUGUGAAGCGACUCAUGGCCCCGAUUGCGGUUGGCGUGAGCCGCAAGUUCUUUGACUGCACGACGCGGCCAAUGGACGAGACGUGGAAGAGAAACACCGCCCAUGUCAAUCCUCGGCUCGCCAACGAGGACGUGGUGUAUGAUGUCUGGACUGCCAACUCGAGGCCUCAAGGCAGAAAGGGUACCAUCGUGGUCAGGUUCAUCAGCGUUGACACCGGGAGGGACUUGCUGGAGCCGUUGACCAAGGAGAUUAACAUCCUGGCCAAUGCUACGACGGACGUCGUGGCCAAGCAGAAGCUCGACGUACCUGCUGAAAACGGCAAGAGUGAGUCGUCCGCCAUAGUCAUCCAUGCUACGCUUCUGGGCGAGGAUGGGAAGACUGUCCUGCACGAGGAUAUGUCCUGGCCGGACCCGAUCAAGUACCUCGACUUGUCCGAUAGAGGACUGGAGGUGUCGGAAGUUAAGAGCGGCAAGGUGGAGAUUUCGGCCAAGAAGCCCGUCAAAGGCUUUGUGUUCGACGAGGUUCCUGGCCUUAAGUUGAGUGACAAUGGGUUUGAUAUCGUGCCGGGUGUGCAAAAAGUUGUCGAAGUUAGUGGUAACGAUGGUAAGUUGACAUGGAAGGUCGUUGAGGGAUAG